AUGGAUGUUUCUUCCACUUCCGAUGAUGAAAUAACCUUCUUGCGCACUUGGGCCCUGACUGUCACUCAUGUGGCAUGUGAAUAUACCGAACAGAAAUUCAAUGCAGAGAAGACAGGAGGAGACCCAGUUAUACCUUCUCCGAACCUAGACACUGAUCUGGUGAUGGCUUGUGAUCGAUUGGUUGAUCGGCUCAUAAAGGCAUAUAAAAAUCCUAUUCAGAUGCCGAUCGAUAUUGCAAGAUAUAGCAAAUUGAUCUCCCCAAAGGACACAGGGCAUAAUGAAGAGAGAGAGGCGAGGUUGUUCGAGAGGUGUCCUCCUGGCCAUGAGGGCACAAAGUUGAUCAACAUACCUGCGACAAUUCUUGAUGCAUCCGGUGCCAUCAUCGCAUGGUACCUCCCGGACGCCCUGACCGAUGCCACCCAGAAGGAAAUUUGGGCGGCCUUGGAUUUGCUCGCUCUGAUACUCGAAAAAAGCGUAAAGCUCGAUGGGAAUUGGCGUACUAAUCAAAAGUGGUUCACACCAAGGUCGCAAAAUGAUGUCCUAACUCCCAGAUGCAUUAAUUUAUCUCCGGCAUGGUUUCAGCAGGGGCACGAGAAUCAGGUAGACCCAGCAGUUUCUGCAUCAUUGAAUGGAGCAUCCUUGGAGGAUAUCCUGAAGGCCAUUGCGAGGCCAGCAGCCAUUGCAACAGCAGCACUCAGGGUUAUGCAUCCUGAGCAGUACUGGGCAGGGUUGCGAGCCUUUGCGAGCCUCAAAGAAAAAGCACGAAGCAAGGAACUGCUGAAGAUGUCAGAGACUCUCCAGUACUGGGCAACUGUGUUUAACAGCCUCUCCAUGAUUUGCAAUUGGGAAACCCCGAAUCAUCGAGACCAUUCAUCGAUUCCUGAAUGCUUCGAUAUUCUCACUAGCGUGGGGAAUUAUUCUAAUGCUCGGAUGAGUAUGCCAAGCCUUCAGCUGGAGUUCAGUCCCGACGAUCAAGUCCCGAAUAUCGAGACCCGAGACCCGAAGCCUGACGAUCAAGUCCCGACGAUCAAGUCCCGAAUAUCGAGACCCGAGACCCGAAGCCCGAUGAUCAAGUCCCAACGAUCAAGUCCCGAAUAUCGAGACCCGAAGCCCGAAGCCCGAAACCCGACGCCCAAAGCCUGA